AGUGUAGGUUUAAGAUUCAUGUGAAGAAACUAAGGAUGGAAGAAACGUUUCAGAUCAAGUCUUUAAGGUUAAAGCAUACUUGUGGUGUGGUUCAUUCAAGUUCUAAAAUCACAUCGGAGUGGUUAGCUGAGAAGUAUUUGGAGGAGUGGAGGUCAGAACCAUAUUGGAGGCUUGUUAAGUUUAGGGAAAGGGUUUACAAGGAAACGGGGCUACAUAUUGGAUACUACAAGUCAUGGUUUGCUAGGGCUAGAGCCAAAUUGAUUCUGUAUGGGGAUGCUGCAGAUGAGUAUGCUGCUGUGUAUGACUAUGGGUAUGCAAUUCUUCAAUACAAUCCUGGUUCUUCAGCCUAUGUACAAUGCCAGAUUAGAGACAACCCCACUCCGUUCUUUCAAAGAUUGUACGUCUGUUUUGAGGCUCUCAAAGUGGGUUUUAAGAAUGGAUGUAGGCCCCUGAUUGGAGUAGAUGGUUGUCACCUUAAAGGGGCUCAUCCAGGAAUGAUCUUAGUGGCUGUGAGCAAAGAUGGAAAUAACAAUAUUUUUCCCGUAGCUUGGGCAGUGGUGGAAGUUGAGAAUGCUGACAGUUGGACAUGGUUUCUUGAUUUGCUGAUGAAGGACAUAGGACACCAUGACGGAGAAGGAUUGACUCUUAUGUCUGAUAGGCAAAAGGGACUAUUGGAUGCUAUAUCUGUUGUGAGUUCAAAAGCCGAGGUCAGAUUUUGUGCUAGACACAUAUGGGCUAACUUCAAGAAUAAAUUCAGUGGCACAGCCUAUAAGGACCUGUUUUGGGCAGCAGCAAGAUCAACAACUAAGCAUUGGCAUGAUUCUUACAUGGCUGAAAUCAAAGAGCUAAACGAGGAUGCAUAUAACUACUUGAGUGACAUACCUCCUGUUCAUUGGUGUAGACAUGCAUUUGGAUCGAAUUCUAGGUCUAACAUGUUGCUCAACAACCUUUGUGAGACAUUUAAUGCUGUGAUAAGGGAAGCUAGGGAUAAACCAAUAAUAACCUGCCUAGAUUGGAUUAGGAGGUACGUAAUGAGAAGGAAUGCUGAGAAGUGGGAGGGUAUUCAAAAGUAUGAGGGGAGGUUUAUGCCAUUUGUUGAGAAGGUUUUAGCUUGGGUUUAUGAAGCAUCUUUGAAUUGUAUAGUCUGUCCUUCUAGAUUAGAUGAGUGGGAGGUGGAAACUGCUUUUGAUAGGCAUGUGGUAGAUUUGAAGGAGUUGACAUGCACAUGCUUUAGGUGGGAGUUAACGGGAAUACCAUGUCCACAUGCUUAUGCAUGUAUUGUGAAGAAGAGGUGGAGGCCUGAAGAUUUUGUUCAUGAGUGUUACUCAAAGGCCAAAUACUUAGCAACUUACUCGCCUCAUAUCAAGCCAAUGCCCGGGAUGAAGCAGUGGAAGAAAACAGAUUUGCCUCGACCUUUGCCUCCACUGUUAAGGAAAAUGCCAGGAAGGCCUAAGUCACAUAAGAGAAAGAAAGAAGCAGGUGAGGAUGCUGAGGAGAGGUUUGUGAAGCGAGGGAAAAAGCCGAAUAACUGCUCAAACUGUAAACAACCAGGCCACAACAAGAGAAAGUGCAAUAAUCCACCUGGUGUUAUUCAGCCCAAGGAACCAGGGAGGGAUCCCUCCAAGAACCCAUGGGUUGUUGCUGACAGAAACAAGAGGGCUGCAAGAGUUUUAAGGAGGUAUAAUGCUGAAUCAGUCACUCAACCACGGCAACAAAACUCAAGUGCAGCUACCAUGCAACAGACAUUUAAUGCUCCACCUCAAUCCAGUCAGACAGGGAGUUAUCAACCUCCUCCACUCAGUCAGACCUCAAGUCAGCAACCAGGUCAGACAGCAAGUCAGCAUCCAGGUCCAUCCAGCCAAACAUCAACUCAUCAGCCUCAAACAUCACUCCCUCCAAAACUCAGACCCAAAUUGCAGACAACAAAGAAACCAGUGUGGCAUAUUUAA